UAUUUAAAUCACUUCCACUCUCGACACCUCAAUCAUAUUCACACUCAUUACUUUCUCGUUCUUCCCCCAUCAUUGUGCCCAAAAGGCUAACUGGAAAGAGCGAUAGUAGGUUUAAUAAGAGUGGUAGAAUAACUAGGGCCAUGCCUUGUACUUCGCUAGUGAAACCCAGUGACGGUAACGGAGCUGUGCGUAGUUUCAAGCUUAAGGAAUCCACUUUCCUUGCUGCUCAAAUGCCGAAGAAAGAGAUUGCCGCUGAUCGAUUCAUCGAAGCUCACCCUGAGUACGACGGUCGCGGCGUCGUCAUUGCCGUUUUCGAUUCUGGUGUUGAUCCCGCUGCGGCUGGAUUACGAGUUACUUCUGAUGGAAAGCCGAAGGUCAUAGAUGUUAUAGAUUGUACCGGGAGCGGAGAUGUUGAUACGUCUACAGUGGUGAAGGCUGAUAAUGAUGGUUGUAUUCUUGGGGCUUCUGGGGCUUCUCUUGUCAUAAAUUCUUCAUGGAAGAAUCCAUCUGGUGAGUGGCAUGUUGGCUGCAAAUUGGUGUAUGAGCUCUUUACUGAUACACUGACUUCUCGAGUAAAGAAAGAACGAAAGAAAAGGUGGGAUGAGAAAAAUCAGGAAGCAAUAGCAGAGGCUGUAAAGCAACUUGAUGAAUUUGAUAAGAAACACACAAAAGUUGAAGGUGUGCACUUGAAAAGGGGUCGUGAAGAUCUCCAGAACAGAGUUGAUCUCCUGCGCAAGCAAGCUGAUAGCUACGAUGAUAAGGGGCCAGUUAUUGAUGCUGUUGUAUGGCACGACGGAGAACUUUGGAGAGCUGCUUUGGACACACAGAGUCUUGAGAAUGAUCCAGGAUGUGGGAAGCUUGCGGAUUUUGUUCCUUUAACUAAUUACAGGCUUGAACAAAAACAUGGAGUUUUUAGUAAAUUGGAUGCCUGUACGUGUGUGCUAAAUGUCUACAAUGGAGGAAACAUUUUAAGUAUUGUAACAGAUAGCUCACCACAUGCCACACAUGUUGCUGGUAUUGCCGCCGCCUUCCACCCGGAGGAACCUUUGCUAAAUGGAGUUGCACCUGGAGCACAAAUUGUGUCUUGUAAAAUUGGAGAUUCACGGUUGGGAUCUAUGGAAACAGGAACUGGUUUGACUAGGGCCUUGAUUGCAGCUGUAGAGCAUAAAUGUGAUGUCAUCAAUAUGAGUUAUGGGGAACCUACACUGCUGCCAGAUUAUGGCCGCUUUGUUGACCUUGUCAAUGAGGUGGUCAACAAACAUCGUUUAAUAUUUGUCAGCAGUGCCGGCAAUAGCGGGCCGGCUUUGACUACUGUGGGUGCACCUGGUGGCACUUCGUCAAGCAUAAUUGGAGUGGGAGCAUAUGUCUCCCCAGCUAUGGCUGCUGGUACUCACUUAUUAGUUGAGCCACCUACUGAAGGCCUUGAAUACACUUGGUCUAGUCGGGGACCUACUGUGGAUGGUGAUCUUGGUGUCUGCAUAAGUGCCCCUGGUGGUGCUGUGGCUCCUGUUCCCACAUGGACCCUUCAAAGACGCAUGUUAAUGAAUGGAACAUCAAUGGCAUCUCCAUGUGCCUGUGGCGGGGUGGCGUUACUUGUCAGUGCUAUGAAGGCAGAAGGUAUUCCUGUUAGUCCAUACAGUGUACGGAAGGCUCUUGAGAAUACAUCUGUACCCGUGAGUGCUUUACUAGAAGAAAAAUUAUCCGCUGGACAGGGACUCAUGCAAGUUGACAAGGCCUAUGAGUACAUCCAAAAAGUGCAAAAUGUUCCAUGUGUAUGGUAUCAAGUAAAGAUCAAGCAGGCUGGCAAAACAAGUAAACCAACUCCGUCUCUUGCAUCACGAGGCAUCUACCUUAGGGAUCCUAAUUAUUGUCACCAGUCUACGGAGUGGACAGUGGAAGUUGAACCGAAGUUCCAUGAAGACGCAAAUAAUUUAGAUCAAUUGGUUCCUUUUGAAGAGUGCAUUCAGUUGUUUUCUACUGGAGAUGCGGUAGUGAAAGCUCCUGAGUACCUCCUUCUCACCCAUAAUGGACGCAGCUUCAGCAUAGUGGUGGACCCCACCAAUCUAAAUGAUGGCUUGCAUUAUUAUGAAGUAUAUGGCAUAGACAGCAAAUCACCGUGGCGUGGACCGCUUUUCAGAAUUCCAGUUACUAUAACAAAGCCGACUGCUGUAAAGAUCCGACCCCCUCUAAUUUCCUUCCAAGGCAUUUCAUUUGUACCAGGCCAAAUUGAAAGGAGAUUUAUUGAGGUACCAUUUGGUGCUACCUGGGUUGAGGCCACCAUGAGGACAUAUGGAUUUGAUACAGCUAGAAGAUUCUUCAUAGACACUGUUCAGCUAUCCCCAUUGCAAAGGCCCAUUAAAUGGGAAAGCGUGGCCACAUUUUCAUCACCUUCAUCCAAAAGCUUUGCCUUUCGAGUGGAGGGUGGUCGGACAAUGGAACUAGCAGUUGCCCAAUUUUGGUCCAGCGGCAUAGGCAGUCACGAAAUAACAAUUGUCGAUUUUGAGAUCGCAUUCCGUGGUAUAAACAUCAGCAAAGAGGAAGUAAUUCUUGAUGGAAGUGAAGCACCCGUAAGGAUUGAUGCUGAGGCUCUUCUGGCAGCUGAAAGACUUGUCCCUUCUGCAGUGCUCGACAAGAUAAGAGUUCCAUAUCGUCCUAUUGAUGCCAAACUGCAUGCACUGUCAGCAGAUCGGGACAAAUUACCCUCAGGAAAACAAAUUCUGGCUCUUACAUUAACUUACAAGCUCAAACUGGAGGAUGGUGCAGAACUAAAGCCGCAGAUUCCCUUGCUUAACAACCGGAUCUAUGAUAACAAGUUUGAGUCUCAGUUUUAUAUGAUAUCGGAUGUGAAUAAGCGAGUGCAUGCUAUGGGUGAUGUUUAUCCAGAUUCCGCAAAGCUUCCAAAGGGUGAAUACACUAUACAGCUAUAUUUGAG